GUAUUUCAAUUCCAGUAUGGCGGCCGUCGCUUGCGGAGAAGGGCGAGCUGUUCGGAUUUGUCCUCGAAUUUACCGGAGUAGACAAUAAUAUAUGGCCGGUUGAUUUUUCUUUUCCCGUCCGGUAUUUUGUUUAUUUUUCGUAGGAACAACGUGGCCUAUGGCUUAGUACGGAAUAUGUUGUAAAAUCGUCGGGGAGUGAGCGGCGGUUGUGGCUGCGGCGAAGGCGUCUAGGUUUUCCGCGUUUCCCAGGAAAAUAGAAAAGGAGCGGAUCUGUUUUGGUUUUCGGGUCAGAAAGUUCACGGCGUCGCCGCUCGACCACGACCUCAGCCGCCGUCCGAAAGCGGGAGUGAGACGGACCGGGUUCUCACUCUCGGUUAUUGAUAGGCCUGGCUGGCCAACAUAUUGGCAACUUUUGGGAAAAUUUGAGGCUGCUUUAGAUACGCAGUGAGUGUUUUCGGGAGUUUGUCCGUGUUCCGGCGUAUUAACUGCCGGAUGCAGGAUUUUUUGCGGUAAGACGUAAUAUUUAGUUAGCUGUUAGCACGGGGGUUUCGGCAUGGGGAGUGGUAAGUGAAUUUACUAGGACUGUGAAGUACGUGUACUUUUUGUAAUAAUGCACGUUGCUGGAUAGAGACCAAAGAGUAGUCAGCUGUGAGGCAGAGUCUCGGAAUUUGAGGAAAGUGCCAGAAACCUAUAUGUAAAUGUGCAGCCGGCGGUGGCUGUGUGUCAUUGGGUCGCAACCCGUCCAGUAAUCAACUAUAAGGGGUGUAAAGUGGGCCGAAGCGAGGGAAACGCUAGCGCUGGCUAGCUAUUCGGCUAGCUACAUGGGGAGGUAUAUUCGCCGACCCUCGUACAGGUCGCUGACAACUUAAUAUUUUAGAAUUAUUGCAGCCCUCCAGACUACUAGUAUCGGUUAAUUUAAACAGCUCUCGUCGAUUUCGUUCGGGGGGACGUCGACGGUCGAUGUGUCUGAAGCACUCGUCGAGAGCCGGGGAGCAGAAGUGUAGCCAGCCAGGUGAAGGUGUAGCGCGCUGCGGUUUGUGGGAGCUAGUAGCGUGGCCGCUGUGUCUGCUGGUUAAGGGGAUCUAACUGGGUAGGAUCAUGGCCAGCACGUAGCAUUACUAGUAGGGUAGGUCGUAUAGUGGUUGUCAAUGUUUAUUUUCGGUCUACUGUAUCUGUGGGGAGGUGGGAUCCGGGUCUGAAAAAAAAAAUCACCGGCUACUUACUGCACUAGCUAGCCGGGUUGGUCACUGCUUCUAAUUGGCGAAAAGAGGGAAUCCGGGAAAAAAGUUUGCCAGUCUGGAUCACGAAACCUUGUCUUUCGGUUGGAGUCCCGCUCCCAGGCCGUCAUCCAUGCCUUCAGCGUUGGCCGUGUUCACCUGCCGCCCUAAUUCACACCCCUUUCAGGAACGCCAUGUCUACCUUGACGAGCCCGUCAAGAUCGGGCGCUCCGUGGCGCGCUGCCGGCCGACCCAGAAUAACGCCACAUUUGACUGCAAGGUGCUGUCGAGGAACCACGCUCUGGUCUGGUUUGACCAUAAAACGGGCAAGUUUUAUCUCCAGGACACCAAGAGUAGCAAUGGCACCUUCAUCAACAGCCAGCGCCUGAGCCGCGGGUCUGAGGAGAGCCCCCCCUGCGAACUGCUCUCAGGCGACAUCAUCCAGUUCGGGGUGGACGUGACUGAGAACACCCGCAAAGUCACCCAUGGAUGUAUCGUGUCCACCGUUAAGCUCUUCCUGCCUGACGGAGUAGAGGCGCGGAGGCGAUCAGAUGUCAUUCAAGCGCCAUUACCACUUCCUGUUGAUAAGGUCGCUGCUAAUGCACCCAGUAUGUACUCUCAGGAACUCUUCCAGCUGUCCCAGUAUCUGCAGGAAGCCUUGCACCGGGAGCAGAUGCUGGAGCAGAAGCUGGCUACACUGCAGAGGCUGCUGAGCAGCACGCAGGAGGCGUCAAUGAGCAGCUGGCAGGCUUUAAUAGAUGAAGAUCGACUGCUCUCCAGGCUGGAGGUGAUGGGGAACCAGUUGCAGGCCUAUUCAAAGACCCAGACUGAAGACGGCAUCCGCAAGGAGCUCGUCGCCUUACAGGAAGACAAACACAACUAUGAGACCACAGCCAAAGAAUCCCUGAGGCGGGUCCUCCAGGAGAAGAUUGAGGUUGUCCGGAAGCUCUCGGAAGUAGAGAGGAGCCUCAGCAACACAGAGGAUGAGUGCACACACCUGAAGGAAAUGAACGAGCGCACGCAGGAAGAGCUGCGAGAGCUGGCCAACAAGUACAACGGCGCCGUCAACGACAUCAAGGACCUGACGGACAAGAUUAAGCUGGCAGAGGGCCGGCAGGAGGAGCUGCUGCUGAAGGGCCAGACCGAGAAGGAGGAGCUGCAACUGCGUAUCAGCGAGAUGGAGGAGAAGGAGCAGGCGCUGCAGGCGCGCGUCGAGGCCCUGCAGGCUGACAAUGACUUCAGCAACGAGCGGCUCACUGCACUACAAGUCCGAUUAGAGCAACUUCAGGAGAAAAGCAUAAAGGAAAACAACAGUUUGGACCGCUUUCUUUUAAAGAGUGGAGGAGGCUGUGCUUUUAUCCAGCAGUUUGUUGACGGCCAGCCAGUGAAGCAGGCGAAAGGGGCCGUGCCCUCCCCGCUGAAAAAGAUCUCCGACUUCGACGAGGUCAUCGAUGCUCAUCUCCAAAACAACCAGCUGACUCAAGAAAUCAGCCUGGAGAGCCCCGCCAUUCUUAGAGAAAACCAGAUAGAUGCGAAGGAGCUGGACAUGUCCGACACGCUCAGUCCCAGCAAGGACCGGAGCAGCGACGACACGUCAGAUGGGCAGAUGGACGAGCAGGAUCUGAACGAGCCCCUGAAGGCGCCGUCGCCGAGAGAUGAGCUGCCCCUCACCGACCUGGAGCCUGGCAACACAGAGCAGGUGAUGGAGCACCUGCAGAGGGAGCUGCUGGAUGCCCACGAGGUGGCUAACUGCGGCCGGCAGCGAUGCCAGGAGCUCCAAGCUCUGCUGGAGGAGGAGAGGACGGCCAACAGGAGGCAGGCGGAGGGCUCUGCCAAGCAGAUCCAGCUCCUGCAAGCCCAGAUGCAGAAGCUGCAGGCGGACAUGGAGGUGCUGCGGGAGCAGCGGGAGGGUGCCAUCGCCGGGGCGCGUGAGGAGCUGCAGGCCGCCCAGGAGGAGGCGCUGGCCUUGCGCUGCGCGGUGCAGACGGCCGCCGCCGAGCGGGAGCGCGACAUCGCGGGCCUGCAGAGCGACCUGCGCACCGUCACGGCUGAGCUGGAGAAAUGGAGGCAGGCGGCCGCCGGAUAUGAGGCGGAGAUCGGCGUCCUGCAGGCCGGCUUCCAGCAGCAGAGCCAGCAGGAGGAGCGCAUUGCCCAGCUGCAAGGCGAGCUGGACAGGCUGCGGCUGGAGUGCAGCGCCCUGCAGAAGGAGAGCGACGCCCUGCGGGCCGAGAAGGUGGCCCUCCUGGAGAGGCUGCAGCAGCUGGAGCUGGAGCUGGAUAACUCCCGGGAGCAGAGCUGCACCCUGAGCAGCAGCCUCAGUGCACUGGAGCGGUCCCAGGGCGAGCUGGAGCAGCAGCUGGGAUCCCUGCAGGAGCAGCACCGGCAGGACGCAGGGCGGCUGCGCAGCCAGCUGGCCCAGGCAGACGGCCACACCCGCAGCCUGCAAAAGGAGUACGACGACACACAGACACAGCUGUCGGACCUGCGGGAGCAGUACGAGCGCACGGAGAGGGAAAAGUGCAGCAUCCACGAGGAGCUGGAGCAGUGCCGUGUGAGCCUGAAGCGGCUGCAGGACAAGGAGGGCAGCCCGCCCACAUUGCAGCCUCUCCAGGCCAUAGUCUUCGCCCUUAUCCUGGCUUUCCUGUAUUGGUGCUACAGGCAGUUGUGAUGGAAAGAGUGCCUGGCUGCCCUGGAUGCCAGUGGUGGCAGUGAUGGUGGCGGUGACCGUGGUUGUCCUCUACCCCGGCCUGUCCCGGAGUGCCACCUGAGCCAGGCCCUGCAUCAGCGCCCCCCCCCCCCCCCCC